GUUUGGAAUGUUCUCAUUAUCCAGCGAUGUCUGUGACGCUCACCCAACUCAUUCACAUACCAUCCAUAAAGUAGGCUUUAAAAUUAUUGUCCGCUCCAAGCAAGAGAACAACAUAACGAGUUUAAAAGCAUAAUAAGCACUGUAUUUAGAACGAAACACUUGACUUUCUUUUAUCUCUUUCGCCCUUGCUGCACAUACGUCUUCAAGCUAUGCUCUCCUCAAUGAAAUUGCUGGUCCUCGCACUCUGUGUCUUUUCGCUCAUGAGCUCAGUCUCCUGCAACCUUGAAAAACGACAAUGUUCAAUUAGUAGCUGCAGCUGCCAAGGUGUUGUUGAUGGUCUAUUCUGUGGCGAUGGUCGAUAUAACUGCAAAGAAGGCCGCCUAUAUGAGUGUCAAAACGGUGGACGGGCAUGCGACUACGGCGUCCACGAUAGUUGUGCCAAAUGCAACCACUUAACCUGCUGAAGCAACCUCACCGUGAACAUUAUAAUAAACAUAUUCUGAUGCCAUAUGUA